GAUGUUUAUACAUGAAAUAUGCUAUGUAUAUUCUAAUGUUAUAUGCGUGGUUUCGAUGAUUUAAAAGUAGUAAUUAUAACUUUCACGACAAACAACGGCCAGGUCAAUCGAAAAAGUUCGAAGAUGAACAACUGCCACCUCUAUUGGAAGAAAACCCUGCUCAAACACUUAAAUUGGCUCAACAGUUUAAAGUCAAUAAAUCAACCAUUUCACGACGUUUGCAAGCCAUGGGAAACAUCCAGAAAGAAGGGAGGUGGCUGCCAUAUGAACUGACUAAAAAUGCCAUUGCCAAUCGUUUAAACAUCUCAACUUCCUUGCUUACAAGAUAAAAAAAAAGUUUUUUGUGGCGCAUCGUGACCGGCGAUAAAAAAUGAAUCUAUUUUGACAAUCCAAAACGCAAAAAAUCAUGAAAUUGAAUUCUGGCCAAUUAUCAAUAUCGACUACAAAACGAAACAUCCAUAGUCACAAAGCAAUGCUCUCUAUUUGGUGAGAUAUGGAAUGUGUCGUCUAUUAUGAGCUACUGAAACCGAACGAAACAAUCAUCGCCGAACGUCAUCGAUAACGAUUGGAGCGUUUGAAUGAUGAUUUGAUACAACAAACGACUAUCAAUUGCAUCAAAUCGUCGAAAAGUGAUUCUUCUCCAUGACAACGCUCGGCCCAUGUUGCUAUAGCCGUAAAACAAACACUGAUGGAACUCGAGUGGGAGGUUCUCCCGUAUCCAGCAUAUUCUCCGGACUUGGUCCCAAGCGAUUACCAUCUGUUCCGAUUGAUGCAACAUGCUCUGGAAGACACAUACUUUCUUAAUUACGGAAAAGUCAAAAAUUGUUUUGUUGAAUGGAUUGACUCAAAAGACAGAUCAUUCUUUCGUCGUAGAAUUCAACUUCUAUCAGAAAAAAUGUGCGGAAAACGCAGAAGCUGUUUUUGGUUUAGAGUUACCACAAACUCUCGUACUUGAUCGAACUCCCGUGAACGUAUCGAGAUGUGCCCUAAAAACACGCAAACUGAUCGUUGGAGGUAAAAAAGCUGAACCAAAAGAAUUCCCACAUAUGACGGCUAUCGGAUAUGACGAUGGCGAAAAUAGCAUAAGGUGGUUGUGUGGGGGCAGUUUGAUUUCAGACAGAGUUAUUUUAACAGCGGCUCAUUGCAGUUAUAGUACAGAAUUGGGAGAUGCGAAGUGGGCACGAGUCGGCGAUUUGAAUCUGGCACAGACGAAUGAUGACGCGCAACCGCAAACUAUCCGAAUUAUAGAAAGAAUAUCACAUCCUGAUUACAAACGCCCGUCGGAGUAUCAUGAUAUAGCCAUAAUGAAGUUGGAAACUUCAGUUACUUAUAAUGCAUGGGUGAGACCAGCAUGUCUUCCAAUUGAUUUACCCGAUAUUGGUUAUGAUGGCAAAGCAGUUGCUACUGGAUGGGGACGAGUUGAUUGGGCCGAAGAAGAGGGCUCAGACAAUCUACUGAAAGUAACACUCAGCUUGGUUUCUCACGCGUCUUGCAAUGAAAGCUUUUUCGAUGGAGAUAACGCCCAACUUGCAUUAGGCAUUGUUGAUAAAUGGCAAAUAUGUGCAGGGGAAUUGGGAAAAGAUACUUGUCAGGGAGACAGCGGAGGACCACUCACCAUCUUCAACAUGAUUCAUGAAUGUAUGUACAAUGUGAUUGGUGUCACUAGUGUUGGACGACUGUGUGGAAGUAUCAUACCCGGUGUGUAUACCCGAGUAUAUAACUACAUUCCUUGGAUAGAGAGAGCUGCAUGGCCGGAAUACUUUAAAAAAAACUAGUAGAAUUAAGAAUUAAAUAAGAUGUAAAUCUUUUUUGUAUAACACAUACAUUAUUUUAUAUAACACAUACAUUACACAAUAAUACAGUUGUCUUUACGAGAA